CGGCUGCGCGCCCCGCCCCCUCGAGCUGCCAUACGCCCAGCGCCCAACAUCCGAGGACUUUGGCCCGGAGUAACCCCGCUCUCGUUACCUUUCCCCUCUUUUCCGCGCCUCCCCCCGGGCCGGCCCCGCUGCUCCGCCGCGGCUGGGCGCGCGCCGCCCUCCCCGCUUCCUCCCGUGCGAGCGCCGGCUCAGCCCCUCCCGGUCCCCGCGCGCGGCUCUUCGUCAUGGCGGCGCUCAGCAAGUCCAUCCCUCACAACUGCUACGAGAUCGGCCACACUUGGCAGCCGUCCUGCUGGCUCUCCUUCCUGCACAUCACCAGGGGCGCCCUGGAGGAGUCCCUGAGGAUCUAUGCCCCCCUGUACUUGAUUGCUGCAAUUCUCCGGAAACGAAAAUUAGACUAUUAUUUACACAAACUGCUCCCUGAGAUCCUACAGUCUGCUUCAUUUCUGACUGCUAAUGGGGCCUUAUUUAUGGCUUUCUUUUGCAUUUUAAGGAAGAUACUUGGAAAAUUCUACUUAUGGAGUCCCGGCUUUGGUGCCGCUUUGCCAGCAUCUUAUGUGGCCAUUCUAGUUGAGAGAAAAAGCAGGAGAGGGCUGCUCACAAUUUAUAUGGCCAACUUGGCCACAGAAACACUAUUUAGAAUGGGUGUAGCAAGAGGAGUCAUCACAACAUUAAGAAAUGGAGAAGUCCUUUUGUUCUGCAUCACAGCUGCCAUGUACAUGUUCUUUUUCAGGUGCAAAGAUGGUUUGAAAGGAUUUACAUUCUCUGCACUUAGGUUCAUUGUUGGGAAGGAAGAAAUUCCCACACAUUCUUAUUCACCAGAGGCAGCCUAUGCAAAAGUGGAACAAAAGACUGAGAAACAGGAGGGAAAACCAAGAGGAACGAAUAUAGUUGCUCUGGUCAGGAAGCUUGUGGAUUCAAUAUGUAAGCAUGGACCAAGGCAUAGAUGUUGCAAACACUAUGAGGAUAAUUGCAUCUCUUAUUGCAUUAAAGGUUUCAUCAGAAUGUUCAGCGUGGGAUACUUGAUCCAGUGCUGCCUCCGAAUACCCUCUGCAUUUAGACAUCUAUUUACACAGCCAUCCCGGCUACUCUCUCUCUUCUACAAUAAAGAAAACUUCCAGCUCGGAGCUUUUCUGGGCUCUUUUGUUAGCAUAUACAAGGGUACUAGUUGCUUCCUGCGCUGGGUCAGAAAUCUGGAUGACGAACUGCAUGCCAUUAUAGCUGGAUUUUUGGCAGGAGUAUCAAUGAUGUUUUAUAAAAGCACAACAAUUUCCAUGUAUUUAGCUUCCAAAUUGGUAGAGACAAUGUAUUUCAAAGGCAUUGAAGCAGGAAAGGUACCCUAUUUUCCCCAUGCAGACACUAUCAUCUAUUCCAUCUCUACAGCAAUUUGCUUCCAGGCAGCUGUCAUGGAAGUUCAGACCUUACGACCAUCUUACUGGAAGUUCCUUUUAAGACUCACCAAGGGCAGGUUUGCUGUCAUGAACCGGAAAGUCCUUGAUGUUUUUGGUACCGGUGCGUCUAAAAACUUCCCGGACUUCAUCCCUAGGUUGGAUCCAAGAUACACAGUUGUAACGCCAGAGAUGCCCAUCGAGUUUUCUUGAAGAUUACUGUAACUUAUUAAUGUGACUUAAUGUUUCAUUAUUUUGUCCUGGAGAGUUAAUUAUGCUGAACACAAAGAAGAGGGCCCGAGCUUGAACUUCAGUGUUAUUUCAAUGAGGGAUGCUCUUUUUUGUUUGAUUUUCUUACCAAUCAGAAAUUCAGAAGCUUUUUAGGAAAGUGUUGCUUAAUAAUUAAGCUCCCUCUAUAGCCAGAAUCUCAUUCUGGGUCACUGUAGUGGUUGAAAUUAUGAUAUAUUAUCGAUUAAAUUAUGUCCACAAGCAAUAUUAAAUAAUCUAUGUAGAAAUGUAGUAACAAAUAAGAGUAUACUUAAAAUGACUUUAAAAGAUGUUUUAGUUCAUUCCAAUAUAAUUCUUGGUGGAAACUAAGAAUAUAGCUGUAUUUUAAGAUACAAAAGGAUCACGGGUACAUGGAUUUGAUCUGUAUUUUUUUUUUAACUUUUGAAUUAGUCAUGAAAUGUUAUGGGUAUGGAGUAACUCUUCACAGACAAUGCUGCUUUAUUUCGUAUAGAGCAAUUUAAUUGGAGAAAGUGGCCAUUCUUGCUUCAGGGAUGCAAAGACGGGUCUCACACUGUUUGGACAAAGGCUGUGGCAUCCGUGGUUUCCUUCUUCGUAUCUCCCCACGAUCCGCUUAGCUGGGCUCUUUGGCACCCCAGUGACCCUUACGUAUUAAUGGCCGGUUAGAAUCAGCUGGAAACUGACAAAUCUGAUACAGGUGAAAUGUCUGUUUUAGUUUCUUAUGGAAACAUUACACUUGAAUAUUUAAAAGCAAAUGAAGUUAUUUUUAAACCUCCUCCUAUAGGUUCAUUAUGUUUGUUUUCAUUUACAAGGACUGGAUUCAUCAUAGCUAAGUUUGUAUGCCAUUGUCGAUUUAGAAGGGAUCAAAUUCUAUGGAACAAAAGUAGUUUGGGCAGGUUUGGCAGUUUGUUCCCUCAGCUGUUUCACUUGUUUGACAACUAAAAACAUUCUAAAAAUCCAGUGGUUGUGAAGAAAUACAUUUCAUUACUAAUUGGAUGCGGAUUCUCUAGCCUGUUUUCAAGAACUCAUUGUCAACAUUUUUACUCCUUAGAGCAAGGAAGUGACAAAAUGUGGUCACUGCUGAUUGUGAGUCAGUGCAGGACAGUUUUGAUUGAAAUACCAUCACUCUUUAGAGUUUUUCAGGGACAAGUUAUUCUUUUCUAAGCUAAUACAAGGCUGAAGUGGUGGUGAAAUCUACAAUUAAUGUAACAUAUAGGGAUAAUGGUAUAUUUUUUUAAGUAUAAUUUUAUUGCUGAAAAGUCUUAGGCUGUUGUAAAUUAAUUAUGUUCUAUAGAAUUCUGUUCUAAAUUCUAUACAGUGGAACUUGUGUUGCAACAAGAAUCAUAACCCAAACUUUAAAUGCUUAAUCCUCCGUAUUCAAUUUCAUCAAGCCUUGUAUGCUUCUGUUUGCAUGUAAUCCUCGUCUGGUUGUUAUGGCAGAUUGAAACCCAACAAAAAAGACAGGCUCUGGUACCAUAGAAUCAGAAAGAAGCCAUUUCAAUUAGGCCAAAAUUUUAUUAUGAUUAACUUUUUAGGAUGACUUGUCUGGUAGGCAGCAUGGGUAAAGGAUCCUUUUGGCUUCAGAAUUCCAAAUUGAUUAGUAAAUUCAGCUUUAAGUUUCUGUUUCCUGGAAUCAAAAUGAUUGCUCCUGUGUUUACCUUUAAAAACGAAGUAUCACAGCGGUGAAGAAAGCACUGCUACUUGCGUCUUAUCCUCUCCAUUCAGAAAUUACGCUUAUAGUAUUUUUCCUGUCCAGUUAGACAGAAAACUUUUUAAUCCAUAAGUUGUUUUCAUUCACAGUAAAAAAAAAAAAAAAAAAAAAAACUAUGAAAUUGAAAGACAAAUUCUACUGAAAUAUGAUGAGAUUGUUUAGUAAAAUUUUACUGGUCAAAAGGUACAUUUCUAUGAUCUAUCUUUUUUAACACAAGCUAUAGUCAUGUUUUAUUUUAUAUAAAAUGAAAUAGCCGUCAUAAAGCAGAGUAUAAUAAUGAAUGUAUAGCUGAAGUGAACAGUUAACUAGUUUGCAAUGAUGAAUAGAGAAGUACAAUUUUAUUUUCUUGGGACAGACUGCAAAGUACAGUUGUUCGAGCAGACACAAAGAAACGAUGUGUUCCUGAAGACAAUCAAAAUGAAUGUCUUUCUACCUCUGACUAACCAAGUAUUGAUUGAUACCUUGGCAUCAUAAAUAAAGUCGGAUAGAUGUCUCCAUUCCACAAUA